AACUGGGUCAUAGAAACUCCUGUGCCGUGGUCAUGAAACGAUUGGGUGUGGAGCACAUUGGCCUGGUUUCUGAUCGCAGCUCACGUAUUUGACAUCGCGUUGAAAGCACCGCUUGGGUUGUGCUGUUAGCAAUGUGUGCUUUGGUCACUCCCAAGACAAACAAAAAGGAAAUGUCUAUCAGUUUAAUGGGAGGUGUGGGGGUGACGGGUUUUAUUUAUAUAUUUAUUUUUUUUACUGACAAAAAUUUGAACUGCCCAAAUUUAUCUCUGAGGAAUUUUGAAGAUUAAAAAAAAUUACAAAUUUGAAAAAGUUGAAGAAUUGCUUCCAUGAAAAUUUUUGUUGUCGUUUUUUCUGCCCACAUUUAAUUUAUUCUUAACACAAUCUGAGACCAGACAACAUACACGCACGCGUUAGCACACACCGACCCUGUCUCAUUCUUUGUGCUGUGUGAACAGGACUCGUCCUUAUCUGUGCGCAGCUGCAACACUAUUUGGGAAAAUAUUCAAUUUCUGUGUGACAGAGGAGAACCUGGGAGGCAAGGCUCUGAGCAAACAGCAGUUAUUGCGGCUCUGCCAUAGCAGCGGAGAGCAAGGCCUGGCUGGGAGAGAGGGGGGAUCUGCGGACGUCUGCCAAGGGAAGGAGUAAUGUCUCGGCUGGAUUAUAGGAGAGCGAAGCACAUCCACACUUAAAAGCCCCCUUUUCCAACAAGACAGGGCUGUUAUUUAGGGAUGGUGUGGGUAAACAUGCUGGAGCAAUAUAUCUCCUCCAUAUGGGCUGCUGUUGUCCUUGACAAUUGUGACUUGCUGAAAGUGAGAAAAGUUUUACUCCCUUUUUUUUUUUUUUUUCCCAAAAAAUAAUUCCAUGUUGGAAUGUGGGCGUCCUUCAGUAAAUUCAGACUGACAUUCUUCCGGCGAAGUACUAAAGUGGUAAGCUUAACAUUUGAAUGUAUCAUUUUCAGGGGCUGCAUUUUAGAUCGAAGAAAUGAUUUACAUACCUGUUGUGCGGACUCACAUUUAGAAGUACCGUGAGCUGUGAUUCUCUCGAAGAAAACUAUAGGAGGUAGAAAGAGUAUGCUAAAACGAAUGGUAAGAAGAAUGGUUUAGUGUGUAAAAACAGAACUAAGUAUAGGUUAUAAAAACAAAAAAAAGUCUUUUGCUAAUUUGUAUAGAUAUUGAUAUGCGUUGAGUUAAUUUGGAGAAGCUGCUCGGUUGAAGGCUGUUGGAAUUCAGUUUAAAAAGCAGCAUUGAUUUUAAGGGACUGAAUAUAUGAAAAUGUAAAGACAAACAGGGAAUCUUGCAAGUGAAUGUAUUCCCAGGCGCGGUGCGGCUACUGAGAAAAUAUGUAUAGAUAGAAAUUGUAAUUCUAGAUUUUAAAUUCACACGUCGCUACAUAUUUUGCUCUAUAUGAUUAUUUGGUAACCCAGUUGCUUUGGAAGUCUGAGGCUUUGAUAAAUGAUAUUUUAUUGUACAGUGUUUAGUUGUGGAGUGUGGAAGCUUUGUUCCUGUAAUGUAGCUGCCAAGUCAGAUGGAGUUGAGCGUCUGGUCUGGGAGUUUCAGAGGAAUAUCACAGGCAUGGGAAGUUGCUAAAAACUAAGCUAAUCAACAAAAUAAUUGUCUGUUCAAUUGCUGCCAUGCCAGAGACAUCAAACACUGCCGAGUUUGAAAAAACAAUCAAAUUAUCUCUUAAUGAUUGCUCACGCUGACAGACAAGUGCUUACGAGCUGGUUCUGUUUGUCAGCGACAUAUGUGCGGAAGAAUGGAGUAACUCGGCCGCUUGCUCAUAAAUUCUGUAUACUCUUUAAUAAUCUAUGUAGAUAUCCAUCAUCACCUGUAAUAAAAACAAUUUCAUCUUAUUAUGUGGUUUUUGGCAUUGAAACAGAGAGAACUGUAUUAGUCUAUUAAUUUCCUGCAGUGAUUUCUGAAUCCUGCUGUUUUUAUCCUCACAGUACCCUCCAUGUGUGGUCUACAAAAAUGUUUCUAUUUCCUCUCCAAACUAAAGUUCGGCCCCUAUGCCUUCCCUCUCUCUUUCUUUCAUUCUCCCCCACUCCUCCCUCCCCUUCUUUCUCUGUCUUUCUCUCUCUCUGCGCAGAUAAUGUCUCUGCAAAUGAUUUAACCGCCCUCGUUGAGGCUCCUUCCAGUAAUUGAACAAGCAGAGACUGGGCGCUUUACAGGAAAACAAUAGUCACAUUAUCUCAGAUCUCCACUACUACCACCGAGAUCCGACAAUACACUACAGUGGACUGGACUUUGCGGACUACUUCGAGACUCUGAAUCAAAGAAAAGAAUCAGGAAACUGGUUUUAGUAAUUAAGACGAGUGUGAGGACUGCAGCUUCUACUACAUCUGGUGAGGGGAUCAAUGAUGAGCAUCUCUGAGACCAGGUGGUUUGGACUUUUCUAACCAGAAUUUCUUAGUCUCAACACAAACCUGCCAUAAACCAUCAACACCCGGCACCAUGGCAUGCUCGCUGUGGAAACUACACACUUUCUGCUGGUUUCUCAUCACCUUUGCUCAAGUCCACUCCACAGAGGGGUUUAGUCGAGCCGCCCUGCCAUUUGGCUUAGUGCGGAGAGAGCUGUCUUGUGAGGGUUACCCCAUCGAUCUGCGGUGUCCAGGAAGUGAUGUCAUAAUGAUCGAAAGUGCCAACUAUGGCCGAACAGAUGACAAGAUCUGUGACGCCGACCCUUUCCAGAUGGAGAACGUCAACUGCUAUCUUCCAGAUGCCUACAAGAUCAUGUCACAAAGAUGCAACAAUCGGACCCAGUGCAUAGUGAUCACGGGUUCAGAUGUCUUCCCUGACCCCUGCCCAGGCACGUACAAGUACCUGGAGGUCCAGUAUGAAUGUGUGCCCUACAGUCCAUGCCCAACCAGAAUAGGACCAAGAACACAGAAUGUAUCCUAUCGCAACUGUCCUGAAGUGGAGCAAAAAGUUUUUCUUUGUCCUGGGACUCUGAAAGCUGUCGGUGAUCCUUCCUUUCUAUUUGAAGCGGAGCAGCAAGCAGGUGCCUGGUGCAAAGACCCACUGCAAGCCGGUGACAAAAUCUACUUCAUGCCUUGGACUCCUUAUAGGACAGACACUCUAAUUGAGUAUUCCUCCCUGGAUGACUUCCAAAACGCUCGGCAAACCAUCACCUACAAGCUGCCUCACCGGGUGGAUGGGACAGGAUUUGUUGUCUACGAUGGAGCCGUGUUUUUCAACAAGGAGCGUACCCGCAACAUUGUGAAGUUCGACCUGCGGACCCGAAUAAAAAGUGGUGAGGCAAUCAUCAACAAUGCUAACUACCACGACACGUCACCCUACAAGUGGGGAGGCAAAACAGACAUUGACCUGGCGGUGGAUGAGAAUGGGCUGUGGGUGAUCUACGCCACAGAGCAGAACAACGGCAUGAUGGUAAUCAGCCAGUUGAACCCCUACACUCUGCGAUUUGAGGCUACCUGGGACACAGCCUAUGAUAAGCGCUCAGCCUCCAAUGCCUUCAUGGUUUGCGGAGUACUGUAUGUGGUGCGCUCCACCUAUGAAGACAAUGAAAGUGAAGUCAGCAAGAGCUUGAUUGAUUAUAUUUACAAUACCAAACUGAACCAUGGGGAAUACGUUGACAUCCACUUUCCCAACCAGUACCAGUACAUUGCAGCUGUGGAUUAUAAUCCGCGAGAUAACCAGCUCUAUGUGUGGAAUAACUUUUACAUCCUAAGAUACAAUCUGGAGUUUGGCCCACCUGACCCAGCACAUGCUCCGCCACUGUCAGAAGUCACCACAUCCCCCCAAACGCAGAGAACUACAACCACCACUACUACAACCACUGUGCACUGGGGUGUGGCCAAUACUACCACCACAACAGGGCUCAAAGAGGGCAGCAAGGGAGCGUUCAAGCCUCCUCCUGUUAUUCCACAGACUACUUCCCCUCCACCCCUCGAGUCCUUCCCUCUACCUGAGCGCUUCUGCAAGGCCACUGAGAAAAGAGACAUAAUGUGGCCUCAGACCCAGAGGGGCAUGCUUGUGGAGCGACCUUGUCCCAAGGGAACGCGAGGCACAGCUUCUUAUUUAUGUGUCCUUUCCACUGGGGACUGGCACCCGAAGGGCCCAGAUCUCAGCAACUGUACCUCCCACUGGGUCAACCAAGUAGCCCAGAAGAUCCGCAGUGGUGAAAAUGCAGCUAACUUGGCCAAUGAGUUAGCCAAACACACCAAAGGCCCCAUCUUUGCCGGGGACGUCAGCUCCUCUGUACGCCUGAUGGAGCAGCUGGUGGACAUCCUGGACGCUCAGCUGCAGGAACUCAGACCCAGCGAGAAGGAUUCCGCAGGACGGAGCUUCAACAAGCUUCAAAAACGAGAAAGGACAUGCAGGGCAUACAUGAAGGCCAUUGUGGACACGGUAGAUAACCUUCUGCGACCAGAGGCCCUGAAGUCCUGGCGGGACAUGAACAGCACCGAACAGACGCAUGCAGCCACCAUGUUACUGGAUACUUUGGAGGAAGGGGCCUUUGUCCUUGCUGACAACCUCAUGGAACCCGCCAUUGUCAAAGUUCCCGCAGACAACAUAAUCCUGGAUGUAUAUGUGCUAAGUACCGAUGGCCAGGUCCAGGAUUUCAAAUUCCCACAAUCCAGCAAGGGUGGGAUCUCAAUCCAGUUAUCAGCCAACACUGUUAAGCUCAACAGUCGGAAUGGAGUUGCCAAGCUGGUUUUUGUGCUCUACAAAAACCUCAGCCAGUUCCUCAGUACAGAAAACGCCACCAUCAAAAUGGCCAAUGAAGCCUACGGCCGCAACGUGUCGGUGGCCGUCAAUUCUGAUAUCAUCGCCGCCUCAAUCAACAAGGAGUCCAGCCGUGUAUUCAUUAAUGACCCAGUGAUUUUUACCCUGGAGCACAUUGAUAUGGAGCACUACUUCAACUCCAAUUGCUCCUUCUGGAAUUACUCUGAGAGGAGUAUGAUGGGCUACUGGUCCACCCAAGGCUGCAAACUCCUGGACUCCAAUAAAACACACACCACCUGCUCAUGCAGCCACCUUACCAACUUUGCCAUCCUCAUGGCACACCGUGAAAUCUCAGCCAACCUUGGAACACACGAGCUGCUCCUGACUGUCAUCACUCGCGUCGGCAUCGUGGUGUCCCUUGUCUGCCUCACCAUCAGCAUUUUCACCUUCUGCUUUUUCCGGGGCCUGCAGAGCGAUCGCAACACCAUCCACAAGAACUUGUGCAUUAAUCUCUUCAUCGCAGAGUUAAUAUUCCUAAUUGGUAUCGAUAUGACGGAACCUAGGAUUGGAUGUGCCAUCAUCGCGGGGAUCCUCCACUUCUUCUUCCUGGCCUCUUUCUCGUGGAUGUGUCUUGAGGGCGUCCAGCUGUACCUCAUGCUUGUGGAGGUGUUUGAGAGCGAAUACUCACGGAAGAAGUACUACUAUGUGUCUGGUUACCUCUUUCCUGCCAUUGUGGUUGGCGUCUCUGCAGCUAUCGACUACAGGAGCUACGGGACCAAGAAAGCGUGCUGGCUAAGUGUGGAUAAUCAUUUCAUAUGGAGUUUUAUCGGACCUGUCACCUUUAUCAUCAUGCUCAAUCUCAUCUUCCUGGUGAUCACGAUGUACAAAAUGGUGAAGCACUCUACCACCCUGAAACCAGACUCUAGCCGACUGGAGAAUAUAAAUAAUUAUCGCGUUUGUGAUGGCUACUAUAAUACAGAUUUACCUGGCUAUGAAGAUAAUAAACGGUUUAUCAAAUCCUGGGUCAUGGGUGCAUUCGCCCUGCUGUUCCUGCUGGGUCUCACGUGGUCCUUCGGCCUCUUCUUCAUCAGCGAGGCCUCCAUUGUCAUGGCGUACCUCUUCACCAUAUUCAACACCUUCCAAGGAAUGUUUAUCUUCAUAUUCCACUGCCUCCUCCAGAAAAAAGUCCGCAAAGAGUACAGCAAGUGCUUCCGCCACACGUACUGCUGCGGCGGGCUGCCGACUGAGAGCUCGCACGGCUCUGCAAAGACCUCCACCACACGGACCAGCGCACGCUACUCUUCUGGUACACAGAGCCGUAUCAGGAGAAUGUGGAAUGACACCGUAAGAAAGCAAUCUGAGUCCUCCUUUAUCUCAGGUGACAUCAACAGCACCUCCACCCUUAACCAAGGAAUGACCGGAAAUUAUCUACUAACAAAUCCUCUUCUGCGACCACAAGGCACUAACAACCCUUAUAACACCUUACUGGCUGAGACAGUCGUAUGUAACACCCCCACGGCUCCAGUGUUUAACUCGCCAGUGACCUACAGAGAGACAAGGCACUCACUGAACAAUGCGGUGAGGGAUACAAGUGCAAUGGAUACUCUACCGCUAAAUGGUAACUUUAAUAAUAGCUACUCGCUCCGCAAUGGGGACUUUGGCGACAGUGUGCAGGUAGUAGACUGUGGCCUCAGUCUGGACGAUGCUGCCUUCGAGAAAAUGAUCAUCUCUGAGCUAGUACACAACAACCUGCGUGCCUGUAACAAAAGCCACCAACAGCAACAGCAGCAGCACCACAGUUUACAUCACCCACCCCACCAUCAGCGGCCGCCGCAGUACCACCAUCACCACCACACGGAGCGGGCUCCUCCCAAGGUGACGGUGGUAGGUGGCAGCAGCAGCGAAGAUGAUGCUAUCGUAGCCGAUGCUUCAUCUUUGGUCCACGUGGGUGACACGGUGGGCCUCGAGCUGCACCAUCAGCAGGAGCUGGAGGCGCCGCUCAUCCCCCAGCGGACUCACUCGCUUCUGUAUGCACCCCAGAAGAAGGUGAGGACCGACGGAGGAGUCGAUACCUUUGUCAGCGAGCUGACACCCACCAACCCCGAAGAAAGUCUCCAAUCCCCAAACAGAGACUCCUUGUACACUAGUAUGCCUAAUUUGAGAGACUCUCCGUACCCUGAGAGCAGCCCCGAUGUUGUGGAGGACCUGUCCCCUUCCAAGAGGAGUGAGAAUGAGGACGUUUACUACAAGAGCAUGCCUAACUUAGGGGGUGGCCACCAGCUCCAAGCCUAUUACCAGAUAGGCAGAGGCAGCAGCGAUGGUUUCAUUAUUCCCAUUACUAAAGAGGGCUGCAUCCCCGAAGGCGACGUACGAGAAGGACAGAUGCAGUUAGUGACAAGCCUUUAAACGUAUUUAAAUCAUCCCCAAACCCCUUCCUGUCUUUUUGCAGCUCUGACCUCCUGGAGGACGCACUCGUAAAGGGAAGGGAAAGGGUUGUUUUAUUUUUGAAGAGAGCCUAAAAGCCCCGUCAUCUACACAAGCCAUUUACAAACCACCCUCAUCUGCAUUGCCAUCUCCCUUCUCCCCGAUCACGCCACUCUUCCUACUUUCCCCGUAGACCAACAGACUUGGAGCACAGCAAUGGCAGUGCAAAGUUUUAAUGAGACUGUACAUAAAAUGCAGAGUCAGAUUUCAAUUCUAAGAGACAAGCCAACUAUGUAUUUAAAUGUGCUGCUGCUGUUGAAUAAUUGAGAAAAAUUUAAGGUACGAAAACAGAAAAAAAGGAAAAAAAAAAAAAGAAACAUUACUGACAGCAAUUUCCCAGUAAAGGGUUGUACAUACACUCCCCAACAUCCUAGACAAAGCCUGUUUUUGUUUUUGUUUUUUUGUUUUUUUUCCAAUUGUAAGCAAAACAACACCCCUGGACCAGGACAUGGACAUGUUUGUAAAAAUGUUCCUGAUCAGACUGUUAGAAAAGGAAUAUAAGGUCCUGGUCGCUCUCCACCACCACGAAGUUUGGAUUGUAUAACCACUAGCAAUCAAGCCCCUGGCCUUAUAUUUUCUCAACUGUACCUUGAACUGUUGUCAAGGAAAAUGGCUAAAAUAUAUAUUUUGUUGUAUUGCUAGUGUAAAAUAAAAAUUCAUGGGAAACCGUAAAUAUGAAGAAACCUUUUAAUUGCAAAAUUUAACGUUUGAGAGACUAUUGUGUAGAAGUUGCACAUAUGUUAUACAGUGUGUUUAUGGUUCCAACACUUCAUCCAUGGUAGUAUGUUUGAACGUAAAGGCUUAUAAAAAGAAAGGAGUCAACAAAUUACAAAGAUGCAUUAUCACUCUUUCCACUUGUGAACAGUGUUUUUUGCUUAAUGAGUUCCAUUGAUAUUGCCCAUUGAAAUACGUUUAUUUGACUUUGCCAAAGUGGCAUUACUUUAGUAGAAUGGGAAUGCAAAUACCCAGUUAAGGUGAUUCAUGCAUUGCACAGUUUUUUUGUGUAAUUCUGAUUGAGCUAGAUCUUUUCAGCAGUCAUGGCAGAGUGGUGGGCAAGCGCAACUGAAAUGAAACGACUUUUGAAAAUAAAGUUUCUAUCAUAAAUGUAGUUUUUCCGCUUGGGUUUGGAUAUUUUAUUUAUUAAAAUCUUUCCAAAAAAUAAAUGGGAAAUGUGUGAAUAUUUUCCAGCACUGGUAUACAUUGCUGUACUGUAGCUCACAGUUUUAGUUUUCUUUGUUUUGUUUUGUUUUUUUAAUGUAAAACAUUUUACCAAGGGGGCUCAUCACUUAAGACUGAUGUAAAGUUCAACACUUGUUUAACAAAUAAAAUAAAUGUGAGAUUUUUUGUCAAAUGCCAGUUGCUUUUUAAUGGUUUGUGUUUUUGGUACUAUUUGAGAAAGCAGGUUUCAUUAUUUUGCUAUGGACAAAAUACACUUUUGACUCAGGUUAUAAGUAAGUCCCGAGCACCUUGAAAGGCAAAUUGGUAAAUUUAUUUUGUAGAGGAUUUAUUUGCAUUAUGUUCUGUUAUUACUUCAGUCGCUGCAGAGUAGAGAGAACUCAUUCCACCGUAUGUGUUAGAGAAGCCAAAUUUUUAUGUGAUUCAAAGAUGAGAAACUCAGGUAGGAAAAUUGCAUUGUAAAUGUUCCUCUGUGUGGUUGUAACACUAAUAAAGGUUCAAAAAUGA